AUGGAACUGCCGCACUUAGAGACCAGAUGGGACUACCGCACUAGACGAGAGUCAUGUCUUGUCAACCUUUACCCACAUCCAGCGGCACUCAGCCGGGUAGAAAUGAAAGGCUUAACUGAAGUUAUAAAGUUCGACCAUCAGGGAAUUAGAAGCGACUUCACUUUAGACAUAAUAGAGCUGACGAGAGAUGGCUUGCAAAAAGCAGGCACUUGGAUUGGACUUCACGAUGCCGUUCAUGAACCUGGGUUGUAUCGAAAGCCAAUCAAGCAGCCACCGAACCUCUUCUAUUUCCUGUCUCCCUUAUCACUGGACGUAUGGAUCUAUAUGGCCACGGCUUAUCUCGGCGUCUCUGUGCUACUUUUCAUUCUGGCGAGGUUCAGCCCGUACGAGUGGAACAGCCCCGGGAACUGUGUAGACGAGCCGCCGGUGCUGGAGAAUCAGUUCACUCUGUUAAACUCGCUGUGGUUCACUAUCGGAUUCUUGAUGCAGCAAGGUUCGGAUAUCGCACCGAAGAAGUCGAUGACGGCGACAUUUAUUUUAAUCGCCGCCCGGAGCUCCUCCCUUAAGCUGCCAGCCGGUUUCUUCUGCAUUCUCCGCGAACCUUUAGGCGUACACGGCAAUCCGCCUCGUUGCUGCCUUCACCUCCGUAUAUUUUACUUCCGACGACAUGUUUCGUUCCGCCAGGAAGUCGAUGACGGCGACAUUCAUUUUAAUCGCCGCCCGGAGCUCCUCGGCUGUGAGGUCAGACAACGGUUCGAGCUUCUGCGUCGUCUUCUCCGUCCUUGGCGUUACCUGCGACCUGCGCCCUUUUCAAAUACAGUGUUGUGUGUAAAAAGAAAAAAAAACAUAAACAAUCCACUUGAGGCAAGAUAA